AUAAGAGGCAUGUAUUGAGUGUUGUCUGUGAAGUAGUGCUCGCGUUUGCAUUGCCUGUAGUCUCGCAUCUCAUAUGUUUGGUUUGGUUUUGUCUAACACUUUAACAUUCAUUUGGCAUUAAAACAAAAAUCACACUUCAAUUGUAUACUUGUGUGCCAUUGAGUGUACGGUUUCGCCACAUCAUUGUCUCCAUACGACUCAAGUGUUGUCCUUACGAUUUGAGGGAUCCGUUGAAGUGAUGCAAAGCGAGCAAAACGGCGCCAAUGGAUGCCAUCUGAACGGCAACUCCAACGGCAUUCACGCCAAGAAUCACAGCAAAGCGUGUGUAGUAUUGGGCGCCCAAUGGGGUGAUGAGGGGAAGGGCAAAGUGGUUGACCUCCUGGCCAUCGAUUCCCAUAUUGUCUGCAGAUGUCAGGGAGGCAAUAACGCGGGUCACACAGUGGUGGUCGGGAACACGGAGUUUGACUUUCAUUUGUUGCCGAGCGGUAUAAUCAACAACAACUGUACGGCAGUGGUUGGCAAUGGAGUUGUCAUCCAUUUGUCGCAAUUCUUUGACGAGAUCCGCAAGAAUGAGGGCAAAGGUCUGUCAAAUUGGAAGAAACGGCUCCUCGUCUCAGACAGGGCUCACUUAGGUAUG